GCCGUUGAGCACGACCAUUUCUCCUCUGACCAGGAAGAAAGCUGAACUGCCGCUCUAGGCAAAGGAUGGUCACGCUGCCCUCAACCCUAAAGUGAAAGUCGCCACCCUCUCUUUUCUACCGCACUAGAAGUGGAUAUAAUUGAGGAAAGGUAGUGUCGUGGACACUGCCCUCUUUAUUCUCUUUAUAGAUGCGGAUAUUACUGAAGGCGCAGGUGCUGAGGGUAGUGUCGGGGACGCCGCCCUCUCUUCCGCCGCUUUAGACACGGAUAUAACUGAGGGCGCAGGUAGUGUCGGGGAUGCUGCCCUCCGCCUAGGUCGCCUCUAUGGACGCGCCAAACUUUUAUUCUAUGACCAAACUUUUUGUGCAGAGCUGCAGUCCAGGUUCCGGAGGCUGGAGAACGCUGGAUGUCCAGUGUGGAGACGCUGCAGGUGUGAGUAGGUCACAGGCUGGCCUGCAGGAUCAAUGCGAAGACUCGUUUGUCACUGGGUCUUUCACAAAUCAGUCUCAUGCUCUUCACUCCUCCAUGACUGCCACAGCAUCUGCUCAGGAUACGGCCUGGUCUAGGAUAACGGAGACCUUGGGAUAAUUGAAAACAGACUAACAUAAGUGUAGAUGCCAUUCAAAUUAUAUCUUUUGUGGAGUGUGCCCUGCUCUGGUUGCCCUAAUUAAUGCAGCCUAACAAUCCUUUGGAGGAUUUAGAUUUCAAAAGUAUUUGUGUUUUAUAUGUCUUUGAUUAAUUCAGAAAAUAUUUGUCAUGUUAUCAUGUGCUAUUCAAUAAAAUGAACAGACAUUAUUUUGCCUAUUGUAAUAUAGUGAAUACAAUAGUAUGUCCUUGUUUUGGUCCAUUGUACCAUAUCUGUUUCUUAGCCUGUGAUCAAAUAGUAUUCAAGCAUUUAUCCUGAAACUGUGACAUCAUUUUAAAUUCAGUUUGGACAGCAGUGCCAUUGGCAGCGGGGUGAAUAAAUAUACUAACUUAAUACUACACUGCAUGUGAUUAACAGUCGCCAAAUAUUUGGUGCUUAAUUUACAUUAAAUCAGCAUCAUGUCAAGUUUCUGAUAUCAGUUUGAUUUACAUUUAAACCAUCAAUACACCUUUAAUCACCAAUUUCAAUGUCAUUUGGAUAAAUUUUCAAAACUAAGUGUCCAGUUGGCUGUACUUGACCUUGAUGACUGCCACUUACAGCUAUAUUUGCUAUCAGUUAUUGGACAGACUAAUAUUGUGUGUGUGUGUUUUAGAAGAUAGCAAUAUGAUUUUGAGCCAAGUACAAAUGUGAAAGCAACAAAACUGCAAAGUCAUGUUUUUUAAGAUAAAAAUAAUUAUCUGUUCGGUUUCACAGACACACAGUAAAAACCAGAGUGUUUAUAAUUUAAGAGAAACGAAUCUUAUUCCUCUGCCUAACGAUCAUUUGCCUAUAAAAGGACCCCCACUUGUUUAGUGUGGUUAAAGCAGCACGGAGGAAAUAUUUGACUUUUCAUUCUGUACAUACAGAGCAGUUUCUAUUGAAGCAUCUUCAAAGAUGUCUGAGUCGUCCUCAAGUGAGUGUGUGGAUCAGUUCAGCUGUUCAGUGUGUUUGGAUCUGCUGAAGGAGCCGGUGACGAUUCCCUGUGGACACAGUUACUGUAUGAGCUGUAUUACUGACUGCUGGAGCCUGAAGGAGCAGGGGCCGCCGUACCGCUGUCCCCAAUGCAGAGAGAGCUUCAGUCAGAGACCUCUACUGAAGAAGAACACUCUGAUAGCUGAGAUGAUGGAGACGCUGCAGAAGACGACCCUACAGACGCCUGCUGCUGCUGCUACUGCUGUGGACUGUGAUGUUUGCACUACAGAGAAGAACAGAGCUGUAAAGUCCUGUCUGCAGUGCUUGGCCUCCUUCUGCCAAACUCACCUGCAGCUUCACUAUGAGUCUCCUGCGUUUAUGAAGCACAAACUAGUGGACGCCUCCAGACACAUUCAGGAGAACAUCUGCCCCAGUCAUGGAAGACCGCUGGAGAUUUACUGUCAGGAUGAUCAUCAGUGUAUUUGCUGCUUGUGCAUAAUUAACAGUCAUAAAACCCACAGUGUGGUGUCUGUGGAUUCAGAAUGGAUUAAUAAGAAGAAAGAAUUAGAGAAGAUAGCGGUGGAGCGUUUAAAGCUCAUUGAAAAUCGAGAGAAAGGUCUAUGGGAACUCAGUGAAGCUGUCAAGUCUUUCAAAAGUUCAGCUGACGAGGCGGUGGAGAAGAUGGAGAAGGUGUUCACUGAGCUCAUCUGCUCUCUAGAGAAGAAACGCUCUGAGAUUAAAGAGCAGAUCAGAGCUCAGGAGAAGACCGAGACAGAUCGAGCAGAGCAACUUCACCAACAUCUGCAUCAAGAGCUGACACAACUCAGAAAAACACAAGCAGAGAUCCACAAACUGCUCACUACUGAAGACCAGAUCCACUGUCUGAAGAGCUGUGAGUCUGUGUGUGUUUUACCCACAUUUGAAGAGGUUCCCUUCAGUCCACACUCUCAUCUGUCUUUUAAAGACCUUUCAAUCUCAGCAUUCAGAGAAGCUUUAGAGGACGCCUGUCGACAGCAAACAGAUGCAAUAAGCAGAGAAGUGUCAAAUGUUCACACCGUAAAGCCUUCAGAACCAAAAACAUACAAUGAUUUUUUGCAGUAUUUCUAUCAGCCUCAUCUGGAUCCAAACACUGCACACAAAAAUCUCAUCCUGUCAGAAGAGAACAGGAGAAUAUCAUAUUCAGAUACAGACCAGCAAUAUCCUGAUCAUCCAGAGCGGUUUGCUGCAUACUGUAAUGUCUUGUGUAAGGAGGGAUUGACUGGCCGCUGUUAUUGGGAGGUCAAUUGUCAUGGCAAAAUAUGGGCUGUAGCAGUUUGUUACAAAGGAAUCAGUCGUAAAGGAAACACUGAUGACAAUAUACUUGGCUACAACAAGCAGUCCUGGAGAUUGAGCCGCUAUCAGAAGAAUAUCUUCUUUGUGCAUAAUAGUGAAGAAGUCUCAAUCCCUGUUUUUCACUCCUCUAGAAUAGGAGUGUAUCUGGAUCACAGAGCAGGAAUUCUGUCCUUUUACAGCGUCUCUAAAACAAUGACUCUAAUCCACAAAGUCCAGACCACCUUCACUGAACUACUGUACCCUGCGUUUGGGCUUGGAGAAUGUUCUAUCAGGAUCAUCAAGCAGAAGAGGUUUCUCAAAGACCAGAAAUAAAAGCCAAACUCGCUCCACAUUUAAGCACACUCUUACUCUUGUUUAUGUGUUAUAAAAAUACUUGAUUCUGAUUGGCGUAUCGCCACAUUCGGAUGUACAUUCACCGGCCACUUCAGUAGGUACACCUUAUUAGUACCAGGUUAAACCCCCUUCAGAACUGCUUUAAUCCUUCAUGGCAUAGAUUAAACAAAGUACUGGAAAUAUUCCUUAGAGAUUUUGGUCUCCCGAAAAAAUCCUGAACACCAUUACACCACCACCAGCAGCAGCAGCCUAAACUGUUAAUACAAGGCAGGAUGGAUUCAUGCUUUCAUGUUGUUGAUGCCAAAUUCUGACCCGACCAUCCAAAUGUGGCAGCAGAAAUGGAGACUCAACAUUUCUACAGUCUUCUUUUGUCCAGUUUUGGUGAGCCUGUGUGAAUUGUAGCAUCAGUUUCCUGUUCUUAGCUGACAGGAGUGGCACCCAGUGUGGUCUUCUGCUGCUGUAGCCCAUCUGCCUCAAGGUUGAACGUGUUGUGCGUUUACAGAUGCUCUUCUGCAGACCUGGUUGUAAAGAGUGGUUAUUUGAGUUACUGUUGCCUUUCUAUCAGCUAGAACCAGUCUGGCCAUUCUCCUCUGACCUCUGGCAUCAACAAGAGUGGCCCGCAGAACUGCCGCUCACUGGAUAUUUUCUCUUUUUUUAGAUUACUCUCUAUAAACCCUAGAAAUGGCUGUGUGUGAAUAUCCCAGUAGAUCAGCAGUUUCUGAAAUGCUUGUUUAGUCUUGUGGAAAGUAGCUGUGUAAUAAGCAGGAUAAUGUGCACCUAGCUGGAUUGUUUUUGCAUAAAAAGCCCUUCAGUCUUUCAUAAUGUGAGCUCAGCUACACAAUAAGAACACGUAUUAUACUAUUAAAUAAUUGCAUGUAUUUUGGAGAUUUUCUUAACAUUUUUGAUAGUAUUGGUCAUAUGUUUGUUGUUUUUUGUGCCUUUGUACAAAUUCAUGCAAAAUAAAUUCAUGAAGUUGCUUAAAA